GCCAAUGAGAUAAAGGCUCGACAAGAUGGCAGAAGGCAAAAAGGAACAAAAUUUUUUAGAUUAUGCUGCCAAUUUCUUGAAAGGCCUCAGUUUGAUGCAGCCUUUGAAUUUGUGCUUGCUGGGUUCCUCGUUUGCCAUGCAGCGUUUCGGGUAUGGUCCGGAUGCGGUAGGAGUAUUUAUUGGAAUGUGCCACAAUUCCAUGGAGCUAUUUUAUUUGUUUUCUGCAUUAGGAGUAUUGGUUAUUUUUUCAUCUUUGAAACAGUCCGGUGCCAUAGCGACGAAGAUACAACAAGGUUGUUCCAUCCUAGUUUCAUGGAUCAUUGUUGCUGUUAAUGUCGUUAUCCUCAAGGCGUUUGCUUGGGGAGAAGGUAAUUCAAAUGUAGUUAUUUACUAUUGGGCAUUGGUAAUUGCCAACUUCGUAGCAGGCAUAGAUGAUAUGAUUAUUUACGACAUCUCAUCGGAUAACAUAGCAUCAUAUGACCUUGGUGCAUCCUCUACCGGAAUAUUCGUUUCCUUGUUACAUGGAAUUACAAUAUUUAUUUUACACAAGAUUGGUAUGGAUGUCAAUUAUUGGCUCGUGUUAACGAACAUUGUUGUUAUGUUGGCUCUAUCAUUCAUUGUGGCCAUCGUGUGGAGUUAUUAUAUUUCCACUAAGUUAGCUGAACGUUCAGGCGAAUCACAAUCGACUAGUAACAAUGGACAAUGCACCGGCAAUUGUACAUUUUGGGAUGCGUAUUGUGGCGCCUUUCCUAUGAUGGCGGCUAGUACCGUAGGCUAUGGGUUUAUAUUUGUAGUCUAUCCUCUCAUUUCUCCAUUCGAGAUGGUAACGUUUGAACACAGAUACCCAAUUCAAAGUCUAUGCACUAUCUUUCAAGCAAUUGCUGGCAUAAGUAUAUGGUGCCUUGCUGAGAACGCUGGUUUGAAAGACAAGUGGGAAAAUGACAAAGCUUAUUAUUACCUACUAUAUCUCCUUCUCAUUCCAUAUCUGGGCAUAGGGAUCAUGUUUAUUGUAAUUAUCCAUUACCCAUCGUCGCCAAUAGCAAAGCUUGUUCAUAUGAAGCCUCUGAUUGUAGGAUUCCUGACAGUAUUCUUUUAUUUUUCCGGCAGAGUGGUAAUCAACUCAUCAACUGCAGCAAUUGAUGGGAAUGCAAAACCCUCAAAGAGUGCCAGUGGUGGGAAAGAAUGUAAAUGUCAACAUGGCUCCACUUUGUCUUCAGUAAAUUUAGGUAUAAACCUUCUUGUUUUGAACAUUACCAAGUAUAUAUCGGAAGCGUAUAUACAACAAUUUAUAACCACAAGAGAUGCUUACAAGCCUGGAGAACGGUGGCCAACUGAAGGAAUGGGCGUAAAGGAUGGUUUCCGAUACUGGUUGCUCAUCGGUAUAAAAAAGGGCUUUGUAAGCUUUAAGGAAUCGUUUGACCAAAAUGUCAAGGGUAAGCUGGAGCGUACUCUGAUGGUGGUUAAUCCCGAGUUAUAAGGACAUGACUAUGCAUGGAGCACAGUAUUUGUGCUCAUGAGCCAU